UGGCAGGAAUUCAUGCAAUCCAAUGGAACAGCCGUUACUGAGUUCGUCCUGCUGGGCUUGGUGGAGACUCUAGACCUGUGGCCACUUGUCUUCUUUCUCUUCCUCCUGGCCUACCUGGUCACAGUGGGGGGCAACCUCAGCAUCCUGGCUGCUGUCCUGACAGAGCCCAAACUCCACUCCCCCAUGUACUUCUUCCUGGGCAACCUGUCCGUGCUCGAUGUCGGCUGCAUCAGUGUCACUGUCCCUCCAAUGUUGGGCCGCCUUGUGUCCCACAAGCGUACGAUUUCCUAUGAUGCCUGCCUCUCCCAGCUCUUCUUCUUCCACCUGCUGGUUGGUGUGGACUGCUUCCUGUUGACAGCCAUGGCCUAUGACCGGUUCCUGGCCAUCUGUCGUCCCCUCACCUAUAGCACACGCAUGAGCCAGACAGUCCAGAGGACAUUGGUGGCUGUGUCCUGGACCUGCGCCUUCUCCAAUGCACUGACCCAUACUGUGGCCCUAUCCACCCUGAACUUCUGUGGCCCCAAUGUGAUCAACCACUUCUACUGUGACCUCCCACAGCUCUUCCAGCUCUCCUGCUCCAGCACCCAACUCAACGAGCACCUGCUCUUUGCUGUGGGUUUCAUCAUGGCGGGUACCCCCGUGGCUCUCAUCGUCACCUCCUAUGCCAAUGUGGCAGCUGCAGUCCUGCGUAUCCGUUCUGCUGAGGGCAGAAAGAAGGCGUUUUCCACCUGCGGCUCUCACCUCACUGUGGUAGCCAUCUUCUAUGGUUCAGGUAUUUUUAACUACAUGCGACUAGGUUCAACCAAGCUUUCAGAUAAGGAUAAAGCUGUUGGGAUUUUCAACACUGUCAUCAACCCCAUGCUGAACCCAAUCAUCUACAGCCUGAGGAAUCCAGAUGUACAGGCUGCCCUCUGGAAGGUGCUUGUGGGGAGGCGCUCUGUGGCUUGAGGGUACAUCAGGUGCCCUUUUUUUCCUAUGCCUUUGUAGACUAAAUCCGCAAAUGGGCCAGAGCUGCUUCUAUCCCUUGAGUAUGAGGACUUUCAUAACAGGAAUCAUUUCCCAAACAAUAUGAUCUAGACAUUACUUUAAAAGUUCAAAACAUGCCAGACCACUAGAUAUGAAAUAUCCCUCUAAGG